AUGACACGGAAACUAUUAACACGCGUAUCACCUCAAAAUGCCGCACCAAUUCCAUCAACGACGUCUUCUACAGUCACGGCUUCUCAACGUCGUCGACCACGUAGUACUGGUCCUCUAAAGGGUAUUGUAGCAAUGGUAGACGUUCGUGUUGGUACAGAUGCACAGAUUGAUUGCAGUGAUGUUGUUGCAAGGAAAUUACGUGAGCUAGGAGCGUCUACCGUCAAAAGGUUUACACCCAAACUUACGCACGUGAUAUUGAGCCAUUUUACACCCAUAUGGAAGACAAAGAUUACGAAAUGGCAGGCAGGAGGUGGUUCAAUGACUGCUGUAGCGAUGAGAUAUGACUUGAAGAUUGUAUCCCAGUUAUGGGUUAAUGCUUGCUAUGUGAGUAAGAAAAGAAUGGAUGAACGUCCAUUUUUUCCUGUAAGUCAGCACAACAUCGUCGAGAAUUUCGUGGUGAAAGCCAACUCCAAGCUUCAGAGACGACAGUCACUGGGCACAGAGAUCUGCAACACGAUAGCAGAAGAACAGACUUUAAAUCAGAGCACAGGAUAUAAUGCUGAAGUUGAUAACAUACCGGCACCAUCUACGCCACCGCCAUCAACAUUUAAAAUUGUUAAUGCGCUGACUAGCAGCAGAAAAAAGCGACGUGCAUUGUCCAUGGAGCCGAUGACGUCGGACGCUAUAUUAAAAAUGCUUGGGACAACAGAAUCAAUAUCGUGUGUAGCAGAGAUCACUACGCCAAAGCAACCUGUACGAUUUGGAAAUGUGAGCUCGUCGGCAAAGCGGAGAAAGACGCUGAACGGACCACCGUUGCAACAGGAUGAAGACGAAGCUACGGUGUCACAGGCAAGUGAAAUUAUAGCCGAGAGCGAGCCGGAAAAUGAAAAGGAGGACGAGGUGAAGGAGAAGGCAAACGAUAUGACGGUAGUACUUCAGGAUAGUCAAGCUACCCAACCUUUACUUAGUCUGUCAAAGGAGGAUAAGAUGCCCAUUGUCGUGAAAGGUUUAAACACCACUUCUACCAUGAGCAGUGAGGAAAUUGGUACUUCUGGCAUCAACGCCAGUAAGAAAGAACCUACUGCACGGGAAUUGCGGCGUCGAAACCGAAAUUCACUUUCUUACGGCAGUGGGUUGACUUUAAAAUCGGGAAUCUGGUCAUGUGUAGCAUGCGGUUGCUCUAAUCCUCGGACGCGCAGGUAUUGCACAGAUUGUCAGGCCUUAAAGGGCUCAGCUAAAUCUUCAGGCGCUGAUACGAUUCAUUGUGCGUCAUCUGCAGCUUCCACAAGGGCUAUGGCGGACUCACCUGAGAUACCUUCUGUAUCGCCUGCAGCCGUAUUAACUCCUGUCGCGCGCGAAACAACGACUACGACUCCUGAAAAGAAAGCAAGAACUUCAAGCUUUGCUAACCGACUAAAAACGCCUGUCAGCAGCCCAUCAAUGUUCGAACGAACCUCACAGUCGCUGACGCGAGCGACAGCUAGCUCGAGUGCGAAAGCCCGAGCUACGAGCCCAGCAGCGUCCAGAGUUUCGCGUCCAGCAGCCAAAACCCUUACUCCCAGUCCUGUAAUAAGAUUGGAAACUCAAAAUUACGCAAGUCGAAGCUCCGCUUCGAAACAGGCAGCGCGUUCUUCAUUGGCGAGUGCUUCAGUCUCGGCUGAUGUGCAAGAGCAAAAGUUUUCAUUGAAAAAAGCACAGGAAAGACUGCCGACUGUUCAACUUGCGCAGAGCGCAGCCAAAAAGCGUGCUUGCCCGCCUGUUUUUAAUAAUACAUUGACGACCCCAGUUGUGAAGAAAGCGCGGAGGGAGAGCAAUAAGGAAAACUUUGCGGACAAGUAUAUGGCUACCCCAGGCUCGGUGUCGGGAUUCGUGAGAAAGAACCGUGAUGUAAACUCUACCCCAAUUCCCAUGGCAAUGAAUUUCAGCACAAUAAGCAAAAAAACUCCACGCAAGACUCAACGCAAUAUUAUAGGAAUUACGGGGGUAAGUGCAGAGACACGUGGGGUGUUGCAGUGUGCGAUUCAUGCCAUUGACGCCAAUAUGUCAAAUGCCUCCGGGCAUCGAAAGGCACGUGUAGUGAAGAGUGUAGACUAUACUGCUGGAGUGACACAUCUUGUUGUGGGCAAAGACGCAAGACGCACGAUUAAGGUGUUAUUUGCAAUUGCUCGUGGGGCUUGGAUUGUAUCAGAAGACUGGGCAUUUUCGUCCCUUGAACAGGAGCGGUGGUUACCGGAAGAAGACUACGAGGUGACUAUGUUUGCAAAUAAAUACGCCCGGGAGCAUCCAGAAUAUCGACAAAUUUUCAAGAAUAUGAAGGUUUAUAUUGGUCCGAACGUUGACCCAUCUCGUGAAGUUCUUCAGUCUCUAGUUCAAGUUGCUGGUGGUGAGAUUUGCAACCAGGUUUCAGUGGCAGACAUUUGCAUUUGUGGCGAUGCUUCGCUAUUCCGACGCGCUCAGAGGACCGGCAUUCGAGUUGUUACCUCAAAGUGGGUGUUUGACAGCAUUGCAGCAAUGAAGCUUGAGAAUGAUGCACUAUAUACCUUUGCAGAAACGUUGGAUACACCUGCGAAAAUUCCGAUAAAAAGUGGUCAAACUGCAGUGUCUGGGCUUGAAGCUCACUCCACGGUGUUAGAGUAA